CAGCAUUUCUUGAGCAUUCGUUCUACCUGUGCUGAAAGGACACACAUAUGGCAACCAACACAGGCCAGAUGGGUUUCUUACCAAGCGGAGGGGCUAUUUUCUGCACCAUUCCUGACAUCCUCUACCUUCCAGAGCUCAUCUUUGGUGGUCUGACGUUGUCACUGGUGGCAUCUACGUACCUCCUACCUUACAACCCUCAGGCAUACGUGAUUUCUGUGACAAUAUUCUGCUUCAUUGUUAGUUUCUUCUGGUUGAUGGUGUUUGCCUGUGGGUCUCAUCGUAACAAAAGUUCCUGGGCAAGCGCAGAUGUAGCAUACCAUGGAUUUGCCACACUCCUCUAUCUCAGUGCAUCUGUGCUUUUAGCUUUAAUAACCAUUGGGUUUGCUCAAGUACAAAACCAAAUCACACUUAUUUACCAGCUGGACGUUGCUGCAGUGGUGUUUUCCUUCCUGACCACUUUGCUGUAUUUCAUCCACACCAUUUUCUCAGCCAUCAGAUGGAAGUCUUUCUAAAAACAUCUGCACUCUGACCUCUGACCUCACAACUGACCUUUUAAGCAUGCUAUCUCCAAAAAGCAAAAGACAUUCAAGUGAUAAUAGUGCAAAAUGGCUGUUCGCUCUUCACCUUUAAAAUGCAUAUACUAUGUAUUUUCUAAAACACUGUCUGCUGGUAUUUUUUUUUUUUUUUUGUAAAUUGUUCUCACCUAAAGUAUAAAUUAUUACAAUUAUGACUUGUAUAAUAAAGGAAACGAUUAAUAAUC